AUGACUUGGCAGGCCACUAACAAUGGGCAGUAUACAGUUAAAAGUGGCUAUCACUACCAGAGGAGUUUGAUUUCUGAAUUGGAGGGGGAAGCAUCGAGGAAACAUAGUGAAAAAGAUGUGUGGAAAAGACUUUGGAAGAUGAAGGUUGCCCCUGCUGUUAAAUUCUUUGUGUGGAGAGCAUGCAGUGACGCUCUCCCUAUCUCUGCAAGGGAUGUAUGGAGCCAAGGGUGCAUCAAGGUUCAAAAGAUGUCACACCACAACAACAUGUUCUUCAAUGUAUGGACCCUUCUAGUACAACAGCUAGAUCAAGCUGAAUUGGAGGAGGUGGCUGUAACUUUGAAAGGGAUAUGGACUAGAAGGAAUGAAUUCCUACAUGGCAAAGGUUUCAAACAUCCCACGAGCAUAACCCAAAUAGCAAGGAAUGAAGUCUCGUCCUUCCAUGAGGAAAACCAGUCCCAACUACCUGAGCAAUUGCAGAGAAGCCAGAGAGAAGUGAAGUGGCAAAAACCAGAAGCAGGAUAUUAUAAGCUAACUGGGAUGCGGCAUUGA